AGCUGUCUAGAUGCGGGCUAGCUAACCGGUUAGCUGUCUGAGGUACAUUUGCCUCUUUCUCCGGGGUAAAAUAAAAGAGCAGCAGCCGUUCCUCUCCCGUUAACACCGGCUCUUCUGACGGUCGCCAUGCCGGUUCACUCCCGGGAGAAGAAAGAAAGUAACCACGAAGAAAUGGAGGUGGAUUUUCCCGAGCAGGACGGCAGCAGCACAGACGAGGAGGACACGGUUAGCUCGUCGGUGUCUGAAGAUGGAGACAGCUCGGAGAUGGAUGAUGAAGACUGUGAGAGGAGGAGGAUGGAGUGUCUGGAUGAGAUGACCACUCUGGAGAAACAGUUCACCGACCUGAAGGAGCAGUUGUAUAAGGAGCGCCUGAGCCAGGUGGACAUCAAGCUGCAGGAGGUCAUGGCUGGCUGCGCCCAGGAGUACCUGGAGCCUUUAGCCAACCUGCAGGAGAACAUGCAGAUCAGGACCAAAGUUGCUGGGAUCUACAGGGAGCUGUGUCUGGAGUCAGUGAAGAACAAGUAUGAGUGUGAGAUCCAGGCCGCCUGCCAACACUGGGAGAGUGAGAAGCUGCUGCUGUUUGACACUGUACAAAGUGAACUGGAGGAGAAGAUCAGGAGACUGGAGGAGGACAGACACAGUAUUGACAUUACCUCAGAGUUGUGGAAUGAUGGAUUACACUCACGGAAAAACAAGAAGAAAGACCCGUUCUGUCCUGUCAAGAAGAAGAAGCCUGUUGUUGUCUCUGGGCCUUAUAUUGUUUACAUGCUGCAGGAUCUGGAUAUUCUUGAAGACUGGACUGCGAUAAGAAAGGCGAUGGCUUCACUGGGGCCACACAGGGUGAAGGUGGAUGUCCCUGCAGUCAAGCCCGACAGACAUCACCAUGUGGCGCGCUUCGAGGACGGUCGACUUUUCUAUGACAACCAGUGGUACUGCAGGGGACAGGCCAUCUGCAUCAACAGGAAGGAUGAGUACCCAACUAGUGCCAUCAUCACCACCAUCAACAACGACGAGGUGUGGUUCAAACGACUGGAUGGCACCAAGUCGAAGCUGUACAUCUCGCAGCUGCUGAAAGGCAAAUACACGAUCAAGCACUCAUAAAAACACACUUCAACACACACACAAAGACAAAGACCGUCAUCUCUGCUGUGUUUCUUUUUGUCUCCUCUCCAUUUCUCUCUACAAUCCUGCCAUAUGUACAGUCACACACACCUCACGUCACCUCCUCCGUGUGUAAGCAACAAAAAACAAAUAUCAGCUGACCCCUCUUGUCUAAGGAGACGAUCCUCUCUGUAAAUAUGUAUGUAUGUUGAUAUUACUGACAAGGUCACAAAGUGUCAUUUUCUCUGGAACGGAGAGCAAUGCAAAGUGCUGCUAAAAAAAACAAAACAACAAAGUGCGAGGAACUGGAGCGAACUUUGAACCGCAGAGCUCAGUCGCGUGCCUUUCUGUGACAAGACGAUGCCUCGGCUGAUGGGAUUAAAAAAAAAAAAAAAAAACCUGAACUCUUAAUAUCAAUGCAGUGAAGCCUUACUCUGUACAGUGUUAGCACCAGGAGGACUGAAGCGGGUCAAUGAAGGAGCGAGUGACAAACUCUGAUCCAGGUGAGGAUGCUGUCACACUGCUGACAGCAUCCAGGUGAGGAUGCUGUCAGCAGUGUGUUUGAUUCGCCUCCCAGGACGCACCGGUUAGACUUGAAUUUCAUGCUCCAUCGAGCCGAAUAAAUCUGUAUUAGGAUCCCCAGGGACCCCAGUUUGAGGAAAUGUUUCAUUUAGUUAGAAAAAAAUUGCACAAGUGUCAAUAUGGAGCUGCAGAGUGAUUAAUCAAUUUUGAGUAAAUGAUUAUAUUGUGAACAUAAUGAGAUGAAACUACCCCGGGGGAGUGUUGAAACCCACUCGGGGAGCCUCUCUGCUGAAUGAUCUCUUGAUGCUUUAGUGUGAUUUUCACAGCACUGUAUUUUAAGUUCAAGCCGAGGCUGCCCCACCCACACUAAGACAAACAUUACAACUGUAUUUUGAGGAUACAGUAAUGGGAGGUGGCCUGUAUAUAGAGAUGACUGUGUGUUUCGUCUUCACUGUGAUUCUUCCCUCCGUCUCUGAUCAUGUUGCCAUGUGUCUGAUAGUGCCUACUGUUAACGUAGAAGGCAGGACCCAGGCGUAAAGGGGAACUUUGGCAUUUUUAAACACAGAUCCUAUUAUCUCAUGCCUUUGUGUUUAAGUGACUAAUGAGAACAACAAUUUCUGAAACUGGUCCAGUAUUGAGUGACAGGGCGGCAGCCGGCAGCGGUGACACAGGCUGCAACAUAACCACUCGGGGUAUGUGUGCACCGUCAGUGUACGUCCAUUUAAAGUGCUUGUUUUUGCCACUGACAGGCUCUGCGGCACGUCAUGAGACACGCUUCAAGUGCCGCCCCAUGUACACACUGGGCGCGUCCCACUGCAGCUUGUCAACAAAUAACCACAUAAAGUUAUUACUACUUUUACUGAAAGAUCUGCACUUCCUUCACCUCUGCGUUAGCUCAAAUCAUGUGCCAACAGCUUCUAAUUAAACUUAAUUUCUCACAUGUAGAGCCGAUCUCCAGAGCUGUGACUCACCUGGCAAUAUCUUCUUGGCAAUUGUCUUUACAAUGACGGGACUGUAGGUUGUUUAGCUCGGGAUAUUUCUCAACCUCAACAAGAAGUUUCUCCUUAUCCAUUCUUCGUCACACACGAGACAGCAGCAGCUACAGAGUUCUUUUCAUACAUCUUUGGCGAAGAGAGGCGUGGAGCUGCCACAGGUGCUGAAAAAAAGAGCUGCUACUGGAGCUAGAAUGUACAAGUGGAGAGCGAGUGGGGAAAUAAUGCAUUUCAUUCUGGUGGUGGUGAGGCUGAAAAUAGGACAGUGGUGUGAAGUGCCUCAGGGCAGCAUGUCCAGGAGUACUUUUUUGAUGCAUGGUGUUCACUGCUGGUGUGUUUAGGCCUUUGGUCUAUUUGCAUGUGCUGUUACUUGGCAGCAGUUAAUGAGCAUUAGCAGUUUGCUUAUCCACAAAUGCCUGAGACGAAAAAUGAAGCCAAAAUAUCCAGGCUAUGGCCACUACCAUGUUGUGCUGGUGACGUUAUUUGGAGCCAGAGACUGCGCAGUAGCUAACUCUGCCAGUUCCUGCCCAUACAUCCAUCCAAUCAGUUGCGAGCAGCGCCAUUGUUAGCAAACAUCAAAAUACCAGUUAAAACCAUACUUAUUAGAAAAACAAACACUUGAUCAGACAUCAGUGUGAUAAGAACUACCUAAAACAGAAAAAACAUCUUUGGGAAGAAUUUAUUUGAUGUGUUCUUGGAGUUUUUAGUUUGGCCCAUGUCCCAUAAGCUAACGUGGAGGGAUGGAGUUUAUGAGGUAUACUGCAGCCAGCCACCAGGAGGUGAUCGAGAUGUUUUGGCUUCGCUUUUUGGGAGCUGUCAUGUUAUCCAUCUUUAUGUACAGUAAUUUUAUCAUCAUAAAACACACUUCAUUCAAGGUCGACAGAAGCAAAAUAAAACUAACAGAAACUGUCUUGGUUCCUCUUUCAACUGUUUCAACAAUCACCAACUCUGUUUUGCUUAAAAUUAACCCUUAAUUCACCAGUUAGAUGUGAAAACAUGCUGCCUCUAUGCAU